AUGGCCGUCCCGUACCACUCAGUGCAACCAGGGGCUGUGAACUUGAAGGUCCACCCCGCCGACUACAAAACCAAAACCAUGGCCCGCGAUCACCACCAGCAACGGUCCGGCUCGCCCGACAGUGCAGACCGUGGCUCGUUCUCUUCCAUUCGAGAGACCGAUUCUGACCUUACACAGGCGUUCACCCUGUCCAAGGUCUCGUCUUAUCAGGUUCCUGAGCAGGCUGUGGAGGAGUUGCCCUCGCCGCCACCAAUGGGUACCAUGGUCCAGGCCGAGUUUCUUCCUCCGCUAACACAACCCAACAGCAAGCUUCAUGGCUACUGGUUCCCGUCUGAGAGCUUCAAGGGGUGGAAGCAGAUCAACGUUCGGGGGAAGUUAGCGAGCAAAAGCUUCGGCGAUUUGCAUAUGCUGAACCAGAGCUGGAGCCAGCCGAGCCCUCGCCAACCAUUGACUCGACGACUAUCAGGCUAUGGUCCUGGAGAAGCUCCCUUUGAGAGACUACCCAUUGAGGUUUUGAGCUCUAUUAUCAACCUUCUCGUCCUCGAUGUUCCGCCCAAUGGCAUUGCAAGGCGAAACGUUGACUUAAUGUCGCUUCUUUUGACGUCAAAGACCUUGCACACAGCAACUCUAGAGACUCUUUACCGUCAUAUCACAAUUCCCCAUUCCAGGAUCUUCCACAAGUUCCUUGUUCAUAUCUCUUCUUACCCAUCUCUAGGCACCGUUGUCCGUCGUCUAGACUUCUCGCAUCUCAACCCAUCAACUCUAUUCUCGACGGCUAGUGAGCGGGCGCAAGCUCGUAACCUCACCUCCGACACCCUUCUUCAAUGCCUCGAGCUGACGCCCUACCUACAAGAAUUUCUCGCUCAGGAGUACCUUGAUGACGAUCUUGAUGGUCAAGUUUUGCGAAAACUCUUCCUCGGCUUGGACAGGAUGAAGGCCUUGGAUUUCUGCGGCUGCUCUUCUACCGCUUUCAAAGAUGCCUUCACCUCUACCCUCCUGUUCAACUGGCCGAUGGAACUACCUAUCGAGCGAUUGUCGCUACACAAAUGCAUGACUCUUCCAGCAGCUGUGUUCGAGACACUUCUACCACGGAUGCCACGUCUGACGCAUUUGGAUGUCGCGGGAACUCGAGUUACGGAUGCAGCUUUGGCUUCUAUCCCCUUAAAGGCUAGAAUCACCCAUUUGAAUUUGGCAAAAUGCAGAGCUCUAUCUGCGGACUUUCUCAUCAAAUUCCUAUCGUCACACCCAGCCGUCGCAAACUCUCUGGUCUGGCUGAGCAUCGCGAGCGAUGCCAGGACUUUCGAGUUGUUCGACGCUGAACAUCUCAGCCAGCUCAUUCCCUUGCUUCCCAAGACGCUGAAGUCCCUGAGCUUGAAGGGAAGCAAGAUGAAUCCAUCUCACAUCAAACAAUUGCUACCAUUGUCUAAAUCUCUAGAGGAGCUUGCCUUGGGUCGAUCACUUGAUAUUAAGGACAUCAACGGACUUUUUGUGCCUGACGAAGACGAAAUCGAGGAGCAAAUAGACUGGGUUCCGCACACGCUACGGUACUUGGAUUUGUCGGACAUGUGGGGAGGGGAGUUGGAUCUUCCUACGCUGUUUGGAAACAGCUGCGCGAUUCUUUCCAAGUAUACUAUACCGCUAGAGGUUGUCGAGGUCGCCGACGAUGCAGCUCGGCGUCUGACCAAGUCUCCUGUCCCACUUAGCCGGGCUGGCUGGAGACUAUCAGAACUCGGAAGCCGAACAUGGAUCGUCAGGAACAAGGACGGCUUCGACAAGUCGUUCCAGGCAGACGAUGGCCGUCGGUCCUGGAAGAUGGGCGCAGAGUCGUGGGGCAUGCGAAAGAUUCCGGUCGCGCGCGCCGAGGUCGGAGGCAUGUAUGGCUCCUUCAUGUUUGCGCGCAAGCUAUGA